GCUAUAACUGCCCUCUCCUCCUCCUCCUUAGUCCUCAUCAAUGAAACCCAAAAUCUAAAGCACACUCUGUUGAUCAGAAGAAGCACUCAAAUGAAACCCAAACCAUUUCUUCUCUUACUCCUACUGCUUAACUGCUUGUUCCAUCUAGCAGACUCAAAGCCGCACCUCGUCCCUUCCGACCCGUCCCAGCUGGCAUCAUGGGCCGCCCACAGCAUGAGGUCAUCCUCGCCGUCAUCGCAAGGCACGGACGGCGACCAGCGGCUGUCGGCGGCGGAGAGCGGCCGUCCCAGGGUGAUCAGAGUCGCCAAGAGCGAGCCGUCGGAUUUCGGGACGGUGACGGAGGCCAUCCGCAGCAUCCCGGAGGGGAACACGAGGCGGACGGUGGUUUCGAUCGGCGGAGGGGUGUACUGGGAGAAGAUCACCGUCGGCUCCGGCAAGCCGUUCGUCACCUUGUACGGAGACCCGGCGGACAGGCCGCGCAUCGUUUUCAACGCCACCGCUUCCCAGUACGGCACCGUCUACAGCGCCACCGUGGCGGUCGAGAGCGACUACUUCAUGGCUGUCAACGUCAUCUUUGAGAACGCGGCGCCGAUGCCAGAGAUCAACAGCAAAGGCUCCCAGGCGGUGGCGAUGAGGAUCUCCGGCGACAAGGCCGCGUUCUACAGCUGCGACUUCCUGGGGUUCCAGGACACACUCUGCGACUCCCAGGGCCGGCACCUGUUCAUGGACUCGUACGUCCGCGGCACCGUCGACUUCAUCUUCGGCAACGGCACUUCUCUCUACCUCAACGUCACCAUCGAGUCGGUGGCGGAGGAGACCGGUGUGAUCACGGCGCAGGCGAGGGAGAAAGAAGGCGAGACCAGUGGGUUCUCGUUCCUCCACUGCACCAUCAGAGGCGCCACAAAGGACUACACCACGUAUCUGGGCCGGGCGUGGAGGGAGAGGUCGAGGGUGGUUUUUGCCUACACUUUCAUGCCAGCCGUCAUCAACCCCGCCGGCUGGUACAGCGUCGGCUCCACCCCCAACCCUAACCAGAGCGUGUACUAUGGGGAGUACAAGUGCAAGGGACCAGGUGCGGUUCCGUCGGGGCGGGUUAGCUACGCCAAGUUGCUGACCGACGAGGAAGCGAGCCCGUUCUUGAGCAUGACGUUUAUCAAUGGCCACAAGUGGCUUCUUCCUCCACCUCGACUCACCACCACCUUCUCGACUUCUCCUUAUAACCGAUGACAGUAUAAUAUAUAUGUAUGUAGUAUUACCACAAUAUUGUACGUGGAGCUAGCGAGCUAGCUUGAUGGUGUGUUUGGAUCCUGUUUACUACACCAACUUCGCCGGAAAAACAGGUCCAAGAACUUUCAAAACCUCUUUCUUUAGUGUGUGGUGUGUGAUUCGCCCUGUUCGACGCUAGCUCCGCUCUCUAGCUCGUUGUGUAGAUGUGAAUUGAUUGUGCGGCGGCGGCACGGUCUAAUAACAUCAUCCGGGGAAUUAAUUAGUAUUUUGGUGCUUAUCGGAUUCGCAUCAAUACAAAAUUAGAC